AGAUGUAUUCUUUAAUUCAUAAAACAGAAAAUGCUCACGAGGAUAGUAUAUGGACUUGUAGUUGGGGCUGUCCAAAAAAGAGAGAUAUCCAACCAGAUAAUGAAGACUCGAGAGACUCUAUGCGCUCUAAUGAAGAUGAGAUAGCAGAAUAUCUAGUAACAGCUUCUGUAGAUGAUUCUGUGAAAGUAUGGGAAUUGAGAGAUGGUGCAUUAAAGUUCAAACAUAAAUUAACUGGACAUUCUUUGGGUGUAGUCUCUGUAGCUGUCAGCUCAGAUGGAUUAAAAUGUGCUUCUAGUUCACUCGACUCAAGUCUGAAAUUGUGGGAUUUACAAUCUGGUGACAAAUUAUUGAGUACUGAAGUUGGUCCUGUAGACAUUUGGACUUUAGUUUUUUCUCCUGAUGAUAAAUUCAUUGUGUCUGGUAGUCACGCUGGUAAAAUACAUUUAUAUGGGACUGAUAGUGGCAAACAAGAACAAACGCUGGAUACAAGAGGUGGAAAGUUUACAUUGAGUGUCGCCUAUAGUCCCGAUGGUAAAUAUAUUGCAAGUGGUGCAAUAGAUGGGAUUAUUAAUAUCUUUGAUGUUGCUUAUGGAAAAGUUUUGCGUACAUUGGAAGGUCACGCGAUGCCUAUCAGGUCUUUAUGUUUCUCACCAGAUUCUCAGUUACUUCUUACAGCAUCUGAUGAUGGACAUAUGAAGUUAUAUGAUGUUAAAGAUGCAAAUUUAGCAGGUACAAUGUCAGGUCAUGCUUCUUGGGUACUUGGCGUAGCUUUCUCACCAGAUGGACAGCAAUUUGCAUCAAGCAGUUCUGAUCAUACAGUUAAAAUCUGGGAAUUAGCACAAAGACAGUGUCUGCAUACAUUUAAUGAACAUAAGGAUCAGGUAUGGUCAGUAAGAUAUAAUCCACAGCGAAAUAACAUAAUUGCCUCAGUGUCUGAGGAUAAAUCUAUUAAUUUAUAUGAAUGUCCAAUAUAUGAUAAGUAAUUACACCAAGGAUUAAUAAAUAUUUUGUAUUCGC